UAGAGUCCAAGGCUAGAAGGGACCUUGCUGAUCAGCAAGUCUGACAUCCUGUGUCACACAGGCCAUGGGACUUCCCUGAAUCAGUUCCUGUUGGAUCUACAGCCCAUCUUUUGGUUUCAGUAUUUCCAGUGAUGGAGAAUCCCCCACAGCUCUAGGUAAAUUGUCCCAAUGGUUAAUUACUCUCACUCUUAAACAUUUGCACUUUAUUUCCGGUCUGAAUAUGUCUCGUUUCAACUUCCCAGCUGUUGGCUCCUGUUAGAUUUUUGUCUGCUAGACUGAAGAGCCCGUGAUCAAAUAGCUUGUUCCCCAGGAAGGUACUUACAGACGGUGAGAAAAGUCAUCCCUUAAACUUCUCUCUAAACACAUGGAGCUCUGUCACUGUAAGGCAGGUUUUCCAGCCCUUUCAUCAGUCUCAUGGGUCUUCUCUGAACCCUCUCCAGUUUAAACUGAUCCAAUUUCUCAUGCAGGUUUGGCUACUAGAAGGAGGUUUUCAUUCUCUCCCUUCCUUUCCUGGCUCCGUUCCCCAUCUCCUUUCCUCCUUUCUCGUUCCCCUGCUUUGUGCCCGCUCUCCAUUCCUCCUACAGGUUUUACUGGGACCUCAUCAUGCUGCUGCUGAUGGUGGGGAACCUGAUCAUCCUGCCCGUAGGCAUCACCUUUUUCAAGGAUGAGAACACACCACCUUGGAUUGUCUUCAACGUGCUCUCGGACACCUUCUUCCUGGCCGACCUGGUGUUGAACUUCCGCACGGGCAUCGUGGUGGAGGACAACACGGAGAUCAUCCUGGACCCGCACACCAUCAAGAUGAAGUACCUGAAGAGCUGGUUCCUGGUCGAUUUCAUCUCCUCCAUCCCCGUGGAUUACAUCUUCCUCAUCGUCGACCUGGAGACUCAGGUGGAAUCCGACGUCUACAAGACAGCGCGGGCCCUGCGCAUCGUGCGCUUCACCAAGAUCCUCAGCCUGCUACGCCUCCUGCGCCUGUCCCGCCUCAUCCGCUACAUUCACCAGUGGGAGGAGAUUUUCCACAUGACCUACGACCUGGCCAGCGCCGUGGUGCGGAUCGUUAACCUCAUUGGCAUGAUGCUGCUGCUGUGCCACUGGGACGGCUGCCUGCAGUUCCUGGUGCCCAUGCUGCAGGAUUUUCCUGAGGACUGCUGGGUCUCCAUCAAUCACAUGGUGAACGACUCCUGGGGGAAGCAGUACUCCCAUGCCUUGUUUAAGGCCAUGAGCCACAUGCUCUGCAUUGGGUACGGCCAGCAAGCUCCGGAGGGGAUGACCGACGUCUGGCUCACCAUGCUCAGCAUGAUUGUGGGUGCCACCUGCUACGCCAUGUUCAUUGGCCACGCCACUGCCCUCAUCCAGUCGCUGGACUCCUCCCGCCGGCAGUACCAGGAGAAGUACAAACAGGUGGAGCAGUACAUGUCGUUCCACAAGCUGCCUGGGGACACGCGCCAGCGGAUCCAUGAGUACUAUGAGCACCGCUACCAGGGCAAGAUGUUUGAUGAGGAGAACAUCCUGGGGGAGCUGAGUGAGCCUCUCAAAGAGGAAAUCAUCAACUUUAACUGCCGGAACCUGGUGGCCAACAUGCCGCUGUUCGCCAGCGCCGACCCCAACUUUGUGACGGCCACGCUGACCAAGCUGCGCUUCGAGGUCUUCCAGCCUGGGGACUUCAUCAUCCGCGAGGGCACCGUGGGCAAGAAGAUGUACUUCAUCCAGCACGGCGUGGUCAGCAUCCUCACCAAGGGCAACAAGGAGACCAAGCUGUCCGACGGCUCCUACUUCGGGGAGAUCUGCCUGCUGACGCGGGGGAGGCGCACGGCCAGCGUCCGGGCCGACACCUACUGCCGCCUCUACUCGCUCUCGGUGGAUAACUUCAACGAGGUGCUGGAGGAGCACCCCAUGAUGCGUAGGGCCUUCGAGACCGUGGCCAUGGACCGCCUGGACCGCAUCGGUGAGGGAGCGCCCGCCCCAGGUAAGAAGAACUCCAUCCUCCUGCGCAAGCGAGCAGAGCACAGCUCGGGGGCCAUGAACAACGAGAUGAUCCAGCAGAUCGUCAAGCACGACCGGGACAUGGCCCACAACAUCCAGGACCUGCAGCAGAUGGCGGUGGGCCGGGAGCUGAGUGGCAAGCCAGUGAUCUGGGAGCCCCUGGUGCAUGCGCCACUGCAAACGGCAGCUGCCACCACCAACGUGGCCAUUGCCUUGACUCACCAGCAGAGCCUGCAGGCCCACAUCUUCCUGCCACCCUCCUCCAUCUCCAGCCCACUCUCACCUGAGGCCACCCUGCUCACCAGGCAAGUGCGCAGGUCCCAGCCCAGCCUGGGGGGCUCCCGGCCCUCCUCGGUGAGCUCCCAGUCCGGCGUACAGUCCCACCUGCAGACGCCUGCGGCCAACUCCCCUUCAUCCCCCAUGGUCCAGUCCCAGUCGCCUCUGGAAAGUGGGGGUCAGAAAGCUGGCCACGUGGGACUGCCCCAGCCAAGGCUGGUGCAGAAGGGAGAGCCCCUGGCAAUAGCAAAGCAGCCCCAGACGGGCUCCCAACCCCAGCUCUCCAAGUCCCGAGGCACCUCAGUUUCCACGUCACUUCUCCAGCAGCCAGCAGGGGCUCCGUCCCCCAGCUCUGAGCAGGCGCUCCCAGCAGGGAGAACUCUCCACUACAGCCUGUCCCGAGCCACCGGCUCCCACAUCUCUCUGCUGAUGCAGCCGCAGCAGCUGGUGAAGCACAGAAGCAUCCAGGGCCUACCCAUCGGGAGGCUCACCCAGGACGUCCGGCUCCUGUCAGCAUCUCAGCCAUCCCUGCCCAAUAAAGUCGCCCAGCAAGUGGACGGGAGCUCCUCCCAUCAGGGCAGAAAGUCAGCGGGGAACCUGACUCACAGGUCAUCUCCCUCGGUAGCUGGACUCCUCACCAAGCCACCUCCUGGGGUUCCAGGCCAGCCAGCACACCCGCAGCAGAUGCCUUCAGGAUCUUUGGUCCAAUCCAGCCGGCCCGUGAGCGGAGCGUCCACCCCGCAGUCUCCCGUCUCCAUGCCCAGGCAUGCGGCAGGCCCCUCCCGCAAGGGCUCCGUGGCAUUCAGCCCUGAGGUGGAAAGUGGGAAGCCCAAACUCCCGUCCAACAUAUGAGAGCCCAGGGCUGGGUCCAAGCAUGGGGGGGAGAGGAGUGGGCUCGCUGGAGAGCCGUGCUCCUGGGGCUGUUUGACAUGGGGUGGGGGCAGGGAGAAAGGGGGACAGCCUCCCCCAAGGCCCCCACCCAGGGCUGAGGCUGAGUGGGCAAGGAGAGGAGAUGGCCAGGGGUGACCACCUACCGCAGACACUGACUCUGCCAGAGUCAUGUGCCUGGCUGCAGGGCAGGCUCUGCCCAGGGGUCGCUCUGGGAUUCUCCUGACUCCACUGAGGACAGGAAGCCACUAGAAGGCUGCCCCCAUCUGCACCGCAGAGCAAGGGGGCAGCAGGGCUGUGGGCUGGGCUGACUCCAUCAGUGCCCUCUGCCUCUCCCUGGGAACACCAACCUUGCAAUGGGACCCUGCCGCUACUCUGUCCCCUUGCCAUGGGGCCCUGCCCUAUUCCUCACUCCACCCACUCCCAAUGGGCCCAGCCCCUGCCCUGCAGGGCAUAGGCCCCACCGUGGUGAGCAGCGUCAGGAAGGCACUCGGCGGCUCCUCCCACUCAUGUUUCUCCAUUAGGAAAUUCUCCCAGCCCCCCCCACCUUGCCCAUCCCUCAGCUGCAUCCCCACAAUGGCCUGG